AUGGCCUCCACCCACGGCACAACCCCUGCACCCACCGCCACCGAUUCCGACCCCGUCAGCUCCUCGCCCUCUACCACCACUACCGAGCAGUCAAACAUCCCCGCCAACAUUCCCACCAACCCCGACUCCACCCAACCCUCCACCACCACGUCCUCGGACCAUGAAUCCACCACCGAAGAGCGCCGCUCCCGCUCCCUCACCCGCCCCAAAUACAUGUCCCGCAAAUCAAGCCGCACCAUGCUCAUCCCCUCCGACUCGCCCGAUGUCGAGCUCAAAGAGGAGGAGAACUACCCGCCCGGUGAUGCUCGAGCUAUGAGUCCGCGUCGGAGUCCGGAAGAGACGAAUGCGAUGUUUGACAAGAGUCGGUUGGCUUUGACCAAUCACGCCAUGGAAGUCCAAUCCAGUCUCGACGCCCUCGUCGACAGGUGCGAGAACGUGCAGUUGGACUUGAGCAAGCUGGAGAAGAACAACAACGACCUCCAGGAAUACAUCGGCGGCUUAACGCGCAGCAUGUCCAAGUCCACGGACCUGUCUUCGACCGGGCGCAAGAAGUAA